AUUUGUUGUAGUGCUGCUUCCGCGUGUAUCAUAUGGCAGGGCUACACGGAAGAGGCACCAUCAUGGAGCACACCGGGAGCUGCAGAGAGCGACUCACCACGACCGAGUGCUUUCACGGGCUGACAGAUGCGUACAGAUGUUUUCUUACGGGGUCAAGUCCCCGCCAAAGUGCUGCAGAUAUGGCGGGUGUGAUAUUUUGUGGUGUGUGUGGACCGGUGCCCGGUGAGAACAGAGAGCGUGCUCCUGCAGAGCGUUGCCAUGAGAACGUGGUGGAGCUGACCUGCAUAAGUGUGAGUCUGGUGGAGAAGAUGAGCUGCCUGGUGUCUCAGAGCCAACCUCCAGAAGUCACGGUGUACUGUGGUGAGACUCUGAGGCUGCUGUUUGAACACAUGGAUCUCAUGUCACAGCUUGUCCGUCAGUUCCAGAGUGAGGAGCACAUUAUCUCUCAUCUGGCAGCAAAGAGUGUAUCAUCGUACGUUGUGUAUAAUCUCCAAAAGUCUGGAACAGUCAAUCUUGUCUGGCAGCAGAAGUGUGUUCAGACAUUUCACAGCUCACCCCCCGGUCCUGAAUUGGACGCCUGUCUGUGGUCACUGACUGAGGUCCUAAAAAGACUUCUUAAAGCAGCUCAUCAAGAGAUCCUCGGGAAACUUCUGGCAGCUUUUGACUCCAGCCUGUGUGCUUUGUGUUCAAAGUUUCUCCCUGACAAGAGAGAGGAGGUAACACAGUGUCCGGUGGAUUUUACAAGCAGCAGCCACUGGGGAACUACAUGCUGCCUUCUGCUGGACCUGCUGGAGGCACUGACUGCAUCCAGUUUGAUAUGUGACGCAGGUCUGAAGAGUCAGAGAUUAACCCACAUUCACUCCUCAGCACUCCUGACUACAGUCAGAUGCUCCUCAGAGUAUUUUGUCAAAAAGCGAGCGAUGCUGCUUCUGAAGAGAGCUGUGCUUCAGAAGGCUGGAGAGGACUGGGCGCUAGGAGACGUGCCGUCUACUGGGCCGAAAUAUGAGCACUUUAGCUCUGAUAUGAACACGCUAGCUGAGACUGUGUUAACUGCAGUGGUUGCUAAUUGGUUGGAAACCGUUCAAGUGGAGUCUGCUUCUUUCUUUGGGGGGACCAGAUACAUCCCAGGUGAUGAUGGUCAGAAACCAGACAGUGUGAUGCUGAGGGCUGUCAGCCUGCUUCUUCUCAAGUCCAUGGAGCUUCAUAUACAAACAGCUCAAAUAGCAGAGGUGGACUGUGCCAUAGAAGUUAAUGGGUAUCUACAGAGUCUGUGGGGCUUCCUGAGGCGGUGCAGUGUCCAGCUGAAGGAAGCCACUCACCUCUGCUCCUGGGUCAGCCUGCUGUUUGGAGAACAGGAUGAUGACAUGAUGGAGGCAGCCAAAGCCUUGCUCUCCAUAUUCCUCCAUCACAGACGGUCCUCUGGGUUGGAUGACUUCACUGUGGUGGAGGCAGCCUGUGCCUCUGGCUGCAACCCUCACUGCCACUUCCUGCUUCUGCUUCAGAGCAUCUCCUUCAACCACAGCAUCCUCCUUGACUUUCUCAUCUCCACUGAGACCUGCUUCCUGGAGUACUUUGUGCGGUACCUCAAGUACCUGAGAGCUGACUGGCAGGGCUUCACUGCAGCAUGUGAAAGAGUCAGCGUGUCACACUGUCAUCUGUCACUGCUGGAGACACUUACCGGCUCACGUGGUGGUGAUACGUCUGCACUGGCAUAUAAAGGUGCGCCAGAUCGAGUCGAAUCCAGCUCCUGUUUCCAGCCCACAGCUGUUAUUCCACCAGGGGAGAGGGUUGGUUUGGUCUCUGGGCUUCGCCUUGUAGAGUAUGAUAGUUCUGAUGAGUCUGAGUCAGAGAGCAUGGAGAUUUCUGAGGAUGCACCAGGGGCCAGUGCGCCACCAGUGUUUACCAGACAGAAACAAUAUGAGUCAUCUGACUCAGCAGGAUUACUGAGUGAACCUAACUCCACGCUGGAGAGAAGACCAGGAGGACUUUCACUGGCAGUGUCACAGAGUGAGCAAACAUCAUGUACUAACAUGGCACCUGUGUCGAGACAGGUAACCUGUGAAACGUUGUCCAGAGCAGUCGUCUGUCUGUCAGAGCUCAGACAGGUGGUGACGAGGCUGCAGAUGAAGAAACUCUUCCCAUACAACCCGUCUUCACUACUAAAGCUCUUAGCACAAGUCGACAACUGUUCCCAGCAAGCACAUCAGCCACAUCUGUCACAGUUCAAUAAAUGA